AUGGCAAGUCGAAGUAAUGUUUUCGUCGGGAUCAAACCUCACAGUGAACAUUCCGCUGAUGUUCUUGGAACUUCUUCUACAGAUAAAAGAGUAGAGAAUUAUGACUAUGUGCUGCUGCCCUUGACAAAUACCAGAUACAAGGAUGCCAUGAAGGCCAAGUUUGAAGAUUUUCGAGAUCACGGUCAUGGAUGGAAUGAAGAACUAAAGUUAGAUCCUCCUCAAUUGCAAGAGCUGGGGGUAUUGCCAUCUAAUGGAAAUGUUUCAUAUAUUGGAUUGGUCUCUUACUUUUUAGAGCUCGAGAGCCAUGAUGCUGAUGUCCGGACUUUAUCUUUGCAAGUGUUGGAGCACGAAUUGCAUUAUGCAAAUUUCGUUGGAAUCAGACAGGUUAUCUUAGCUCCUCCUAAAAAGUUACACACGCUUCAUUACUACGCACAAUCUUUGUGUACAGUAUUUGAUACUUUUAAAGAAGCGUGUCCGACAAUAUCUAUUUCGUUACCUUUGUUUGAAGAUUCAGAUCCACUUUCGACUUGGGAACUGUGGAACACGAUCAGGAAAAUGUGCGGAUACGAGCCUAAAUUGACUGUAUCUCUAGCUCUACCUAGACAGAAGACUCCCAGUUUUGUGCUAAACAGAUGGCUGAGCGAACCUGUCACAUGUCUUUUGAUCUCUGCAUCCAUAUUCACAACAAAUCAAUACAAUUACCCUGUAUUGAAUAAAUUUAAUCAGCAUUUAAUCACUGAGUUCCAACGUGUUAACGGUAACGCAUCAACAUUUGGCGAACUAGCUAUCGUUUUACAUGGUAUGGAGAAAUACACGGAUAAACUCAAAAUUGAACCUACACAGUACCUAGAAUACCUCAAUUAUUUAUUGAAAAAGGGAGAUAAGCUCAUACUAAUGGAGACCCAAGAUGUUGUCCACAGUGCACCUACAAUCAUGCCUCCGCUACUACCCCAUCAUGAUAAUCUUUCGAAUGCAGUUUACCAAGUUUUCGAAAAGGAUACUGUCAAGUACGAAUUAUACGAGAGGGCUAUCAUGGUCGCUGUAUCUGAAAUUUUGACAGAAAAUUCGUCCAGUUGGAGAGGCCCUACAGAACUUAUCACAUUAGUUGCAGGUGCAGGCAGGGGUCCAUUGGUGGAUAAGACAUUCCAAGUGUUACAUAAACUUGGAGUAACCAACUUCAGGCUAUUGGCUAUCGAAAAAAACCCACAAGCACUUCUCUAUUUACAGAAACGCAACUUUGAACACUGGGACAACAAAGUUGAAGUUAUCCGUACUGACAUCCGAGAAUGGGAUGAAAAUAUUAAAGUCGAUCUCUGCAUCAGUGAACUUUUGGGGUCUUUCGGCUGUAACGAGUUAUCUCCCGAAUGUAUUGCUCCAAUAGAAGCUUUCCAUUCAAAACCUAACACAAGGUUUAUUCCUCAAGGAUAUAGUUCCUAUGCGUCUCCUAUAUCAUCUCCAAUUUUAUACCAAAGCCUCAUUGAAAAAGGACCAGAAUAUCUCGAAAAACCUUCAAUAAUUCACAAUGUUCCAUAUUGCCGUACAUCAUCCAGAGUAAAUGAAAUAUGGUCAUUCUCACAUUUGCAUCAACAACAGCAUCAAUUUAACAAAAGUUCAAUAUCCCACUUUCGAGUAAAGCAUAAAAGUGAAAUUCAUGGUAUUGCUGGAUACUUUAUUGCAACAUUAUACGGAGAUAUAACCUUGAGCAUAGUUCCAAAUGACUCUGUCAUUAAAACUUUAGAAGAUCAGGAAAAUUCUAACAUAGAUAACUCCAGAAGCCAUAACGGAUCAACUGCCACUAAAGUGAAUCAUACGGAAAAUAUGAAAUCAUGGUCACCAAUGUUUUUCCCCUUGAAGGAACCCUUGUUCUUAAAUGAUGACACUGAACUUGAAGUAUUCAUUACUAGAAAUGACUUAAAUAGCAGAGUUUGGUACGAAUGGUCUGUAUCAUCAUUUGUAUACCUUGUGUCAAGUUCGGAAAUACCAAAAUCCGAAGGAGAAAGAGUACCCAGAACUGGAUCGAAAGAAAAUGCUGAUAUAGAUACUCAGAACCUGACUAAAGCCUUCGCACGAUUCGGUCCUCAGAAUGACUCCUCAGAAAUAGAAGACAAGUAUUUUGAAGACUCAAUCAAUCAUACCAAUUUCAUGUCAGGUAGAACAAAUGAAUGGGAUAGUGUAAAAGACCUGCAUGAGAUACAAAAUAGACAUGAUUCAUCUAAUCUAACUAAAGAUCAAGAACAACGGAAAAAAUCACUAACAGAAGAAUAUCAUGUCAGAGUUAGGACUAAUAUUUCCAAAUUGCAUAAUCCCAAUGGAUGCAUAUAUUCGAUUCCUCUAUAA